UCACUUGGAACGCUUUCCAACAGACUAGAGGGACCCGGGGAAGAGGAGGACGGCUGGACUGGUUUGCCCAUCGCCCAACAAAGUCUGCGUCUUUAGACAAGUUGCAAAACACGGAGCAAAGUGGCUGGAGGGAAGUCUUCCAGGCACAGACCAAUUCUGUUCUCUUUCCAACUAGCACCUGGCAUAGAUGCUUGCGGGGAAGAUUGCUGGAGAUCUGGGGGAACCAGCAAUGCAUUAAACUGAUCUGUUACUAUAGAACAAAACCUCCUGAGGCAAGAUUGGUCAAUUAGCAGAUGUUCUGAUUACCUUCAGCAAGGGCAUAGCUAAGAGAGAGUACAGCUGAAUGAUCUUUGCUCUUACCAGAGUAGAAAGGGAGGCUGCACCCAAGACAAGUUUUCUCAGAGCCAGGACACAGAUGAGUGAGGCUUUUGGCUGCAGAGGCUCAGCAGCGAGAUCGGGGGGAUGUUCAGCUGGUUGGAGGGGCGCCUUCAAGCUCUGGUGACUUCUGUGUUCUCAGAAUUUCACGCCAGCUCUCCGUCACGUCUGGGGCAGCAGCUUUGGCACUAGCCUGGCCGCUGCUCCUGUCUCCGGUCUGGUACCACCCUCUUCUUCCAGACAGGACAGCACUGCUCACCAAUCCUUCUCGCUCACCAACAUGUUGGAAGAAGAUAACGAUGAGACAUGUUGGAAUAACCUGGAGAACUUCCGGGUGAAGCUGAUCUCCGUGAUCGAUCCUUCCCGUAUAACGCCUUAUCUUCGCCAGUGCAAAGUGAUCAACCAUGACGAUGAGGAACAAGUCCUCAAUGACCCCAGCCUGGUGAUGCGCAAGCGCAAGGCAGGUGUUCUUCUGGACAUUCUUCAGCGAACAGGACACAAGGGCUUUGAGGCAUUUCUGGAGAGUCUUGAGCUUUAUUAUCCACAACUGUAUAAGAAAAUAACAGGCAAGGAGCCCAGCAGGGUUUUCUCUAUGAUUAUAGCUCUGGUGAGCAGAAUCGGGAGUGUUCCCUGUGGUGUUCCCUGUGUGCUUUGGAAAGGCUCUGGCAAGAACGGCCGGGCUGUCUGGUGUCACAGGCUGGACCCAGGAGGGUGGAGGAGGAAGCACACGGAUACCGCUGGGGAGUCCGGCCUGAGCCAGCUCCUGAUGAACGAGAUCAUGAAGCUGCAGAGCACCGUGCAGGAGGAGCGGCGGAAAGCCCAGGAGCUCACCGUGUGGCUGCGCACCAAGGAGGACACGAUCAGGGAGAUGUGGGUGAGGGACAGCCUCCUCCGCAAGCACCAGGAGCGGGCGCAGAAGAUGAAGGAGGAGAGGGACAGCCUGAGCAAGGAGCUGCGCAAGUGCAAGGACGAGAACUACAGCCUGGCGAUGAGCUACGCCAAACAGAGCGAGGAGAAGAGCGCUGCCCUCAUGAAGAACCGGGACCUGAUGCUAGAGAUCGAUCACUUGAAGCACAGCCUCAUGAAGGCUGAGGAUGACUGCAAGCUGGAGCGUAAGCACACGAUGAAACUGAAGCACGCCAUAGAGCAGCGUCCGAGCCAUGAGGUGAUGUGGGAGAUCCAGCAGGAGAAGGAGUUUCUCUUGGCCAAGAAUCAGGAGCUGGAGAACACUCUCCAGCAGGUUGCCAGGGAACAGAAUUUGGAGAAGAGCCUCUCCAGUGAGACUCUGGAGAAGGACUGUAGCCAGCUACUAGAAGAACGGCGGGAGCUGAUGAACACCAUUUACAGCCUUCGCAAGGAGCUGCGGCGAGCAGAGGCACUCCAAGACAGAUACGCGGAGGAAAAAGAAAUGCUUGAACUACAGUGCACGUCUCUGAGGAAGGACUCCCAGAUGUACAAAAAACGGAUUGAAGCUGUCUUGCAACAGAUGGAGGAAGUGGCUGCAGAAAGAGACCAGGCGCUCCUGACCCGGGAACAGUUCUACACGCAGUACUCCAAGAACCUGGUGGAGAGGGACACGCACCGCAAGCAGAUCCGGGAGCUGGGGGAGCGAUGUGACGAAAUGCAACUGCAGCUCUUCCAAAAGGAGAGUCAGUUACUGGCUACUGAAGCCAAGCUGAAGAGGUUGCAGCUGGAGCUCCCCACACCGACCUCUGACCUGGACGAUACCUCCUCCAGAGAUUCCCAGGAACUCACUCUUCACAGUCAUCUAGAUGAAGAUACGCAACCGACUAAAAAUCGCCCUGAAGGACAAACCCAGCAAUUUAGCACUGCAGAGAUCAGUCUGCCUCCAAAGUCACCAAGUGUAAGAGAAUCCUUUUGGGCUCUUCUUUACCUUUUUUUGGGGUUGGUCUGCGCCUUUCACCCCGCAGAGGCCACACGCAGAACACGCGCCUCAAACCCUUGGCAGGGCAGGUUUGCGCUCCCCGGAAUUCCUCUCCACAGGAAUCCCGCUCAUAUUUGUUUGGAUUUCUUUGCAGUUCAAGGAGUGCGGCUUAGCCAACGAGGAGCUGGCGGAAAAGGAGCGGCGGAGGAUGCGGGACUGCUUCGAGCGAUACCGGAGAAAAAGAGCCAUGCGGAGGGUCCCCAAGGACCGACACCACGAGGCCGACUGGGAGAACAGCAGCGACAACACCGACACCGAGGGCUCCUGAGCCCGACCGGACCUGCCCUUGUAGUUGUCUCUUAAUGAACUAAUUAGAUUUUUAAAACACCUAAACAAACAUGUUAAUGUUUGUAGCAGGGCUGGAUUGUUUAGCUGUGAUGUGCCCUCCUCCAUCUCGCUCUCGGAAAGGCAGCGAUGCCCGCGUGUGCGCUGCACAAAUAAAAUAAACUCGGCUCUCAAA